AUUUAUUCCAAUAUGGCAAAGAUUAGUAUCAUCCUACUUACAAUAAUACUUUCUUGUUGGUGUCAGCAAGAAAUGAUGGGCAUGCUUGCAUAUAAAUUCCAAAACUUCAACUAUAGGCAAGCUCUAGAACAUUACGCUAAUGACCCUGAGUUCCAGGAACACGCUAGCGAGUCAUGAGCAGCAGCUGUUAUGAACUACGCUAAUAACUUUGAGUCGUACGCACAAGAAAUUGGUCUCAUGACGUUUUACACAGGACGAGACCUCAAUGAUGUUGGACGGUUCUUCGACUGCAGCCAGUUAGACUAUACCCGAUUUAUGGUGCUUUCAGUGAGUGGUCUACCGCUAGGAUUUUAUUUCGGCAUCUGAGGACCUAUUGAGUGCACAGAAGAUGACUACUUACCAGUGUCAAGCCAGCUAGCAGUGCUUGCACGACAGCUCCAAGAUGUGUUGCCUGACGCAGAAGCGUUCAAUGUUGACUGGACAGCUGACAACUUCCAGUUCAGAGACUCAGCAUUGAGAAACUCAGAGGCAACAUCAAUAUCUCCAGUCUUCAUCAUUGCAAUACUAUUCUUUCUAUUUAGUAUUGUGUCAGUCAUUGCUGGGACAAUCUUCGAAAUGUGGCUAGAAGCCAGAAAAGCCAAAAGAGCUCUUGAGCGUCAAAGGCUAAGAUCCAUAAAUGAAGAUGAAGACGAGCAGCAAGACCAAGCUGCUGAUGACAUCAAGCCACAAGGCAUUCUCCAAAACUACUUGUAUUCGUUUGCUUUGUACAACAAUACCAAGAGACUCAUCUAUGGCCGAGCUUCCAAAGUCGACAAACAACUCGAGAUCCUCAACGGCUUGAGAGUACUUUCACUGACAUUCGUAGUGGUCGGCCACACCUUCUUGUACUCGCUGAGAGGCCCCACAUCGAACCCGCUUGAGUUCCUGAGAUGGUUCGACGAGUGGAGUUUCUACAUCCUCAUGGCGGCCCCAUACUCUGUCGAUGUGUUCUUCUGGAUCAGUGGGUUCUUAGGAGGAUACUUGAUGCUCGAGUAUGUCAAGAAGCGGAACGGUAAGAACCAGCCAUUUUUGAUGAUCAUGCUCCACAGGCUUCUAAGACUGAUUCCAUUGUACCUGGCAACAAUAUUCUUUUUCUGGCAAAUCAUGUCGAUGGUCGGGACUGGUCCUGUAUUUUUCAAGUACAAAGAAGAAUAUGCUGGAGCUUGUUCUAGAUACUGGUGGUCCCACUUGCUGUUCAUCAACAACUUCUACCCCUUCAACAGAGACGAACAGUGUAUGGGGUGGACUUGGUACCUCCCGAACGAUGUGCAGUUCUUCGCUCUGUUGCCUCCUCUGGUGUGGCUGCUGUACAGACGCAGAGCCUGGGGAGUCGUUGUGAUCGCCAUCAUCGUGACAGCAAGUCUGACUGCAAGUGUGGUCAUUCUGCAACUUGCCGGGUUCGGGCCGAGCAUGUUCAAAAUCAAAGAGAACUACUACAGAGUCUACUACAUGAAGCCGUAUAUGAGGGUGUCACCGUUCUUGAUCGGGAUUUAUUGCGGGCUCGCAAUCUACUCGUUCAGAAAUGACGACCCGGCUGAGAGUUUGAUAAAGAGGUGUUGUGACAAAAUCAAGCGGAGCUGGAUAUUGCGUCAAGUUUUGUAUUGGACAGGACUAGGAAUCAUGGUGGUGAUCACGUUUACAUUCCAGCCAAUCAACAACCACCCUGAGAAGUUCUCACAGCUCUUCAACUCGUUCUACAUGACUCUGACAAAGCCUCUGUUUGUGCUGGGCAUGAACAUGUUUGUAUUUCCGAUACUUCUCGGAAGAGGGCUGUUCUUCAGAGCAGUUCUGGGUCACGACUUCUUCACUCCUUUUGCACGACUGUCAUUCGGAGUGUUCUUGCUGCAUGCUACUUUCAUGACUUUCGAAGCGUUCAACCGAGAAAGAGCGAUCUGGGCCAGCAGGAACUACAACAUGGCCAUGUUCUUUGCAUGGAUGGUGGCUUCGUUCUUGGCAUCAUUCUUGUUCACAGUAUUCAUCGAAACUCCAUGUGCAAAUCUUGAGAAAUACUUCUUAACACCUGCAGCUAAGGGCAAAGCUAGGAAGAAAGCAACUAUCAAGCAGAUGGUCGAAGUGGAGAGAGUUUCUUUUGCAAAUUCAUUUAGCGAGACCCUUGUGAAGAAAGACUCAGAAGCAUCUGACUCAACACCUGAGCUUCCAUCAAGACACAAAAAUGACGAUGAGUUUUUCAACCAAGACAAUACUGCUGAUACAGUAGAGGAUAGUUUUGUCAAAAACUCCAUUAAUCGCUAA